AUGUCUUGUCCAAUGUCUUUUCCGCUUGACAACGAAUUGCAGAAGCGAGACACAACGCUCUUUGGCUUCCCCCUCUUCGCUCCUUCCGCCACCACCAUCUCUCACAAGCGGAGACAACUCGACGCCGUAGCAUCCGCAUACAACCCACCUAGCCGUUCCGCUCCGAAACCUCCGAGCACCCCAAUCGACUUUUUCCACCGUCACACACCUCGACCACCUUCGCCUCAAAGCACGUCGGAUACCAUUGUCACCAGAAAGACAGCUUCGGUGACGAAGAGUCAGGAUGCAAGGCUGGACCUGAGUCCGCUGUCGAUGUUGUUCGAGGCGAUCAUAGCGGACGUCGAUGGUGAUGAGAACGCGAAGGAGGGGGAAGGCAUAGAUAGGGAGAGCGUGUCGGAUCGGUGCAAUGUAGGUACGACUGAUACGUCGAGUGAGGCGACGUCGAAGGGAUCAUUGGGUGGAGGUGGGGUGAAGCGGGGUUGGGAAGGCGAUACUUUUCCGUGCAGUCCUGGUCACACUGAUACUUCGAGUGUCAUGCUAUCCAAUAUGUCAAGAUCUCUCGCGCACGAUGUCAGUCGCGUACAGGCAUACCGUAGCAGUCGAGGAUCUGCUACUAGGUCGAGUCGCAUCAACACACACCGUUCGGCAAAAUCAACCGUCCUGCCCACGUCAAACAGAAUCUCCGAUCAUCAAGCCUUCCCCUACAAGUCGCGUCUAUCACUCACCACUUCCACCCUGCGUUCUUCAAGCAUCUCUGACCCCAUCACACCUCAACCCGAAGAAUCCUUCCCUCUACUUCACGCUCCUCUUUCCCGACCCGUUUCGUCAACUUUAUCCACAGCAACAUUCCCGACCCUUCUACCGCUGACCCCAACUUCGCCGAUCAUUAACAUCGGGACGAUGCUAGACUCUACGCUGACCUCCCUUCUCGCGCAUCACGCGCAGUUCUCCCCUCCACCAAUGCACCCUGGUCAAGACUCGCUUCUCUUUUCAUCCUUUCCAACAGCACGAGGAGCCUCGGUGUCGCGUUCAGAGCGUCAGACUCACGAGAGCGGAAUCGUCGACACGAAUCAUCUUCAACUCGCACCUCCACCGAGAGACAGCUUUGGUACGGUAUGGAACCCCUCCCCUCCGCCUACUGCCACUACUGCCACUGCCGUCGAUCGAUCCCUGAGGGUCUCGCCGCCCAGGCCGGCCAGACCGGCACACUGCAGAGACACCCUGGAGGAUUUCACGCCGUUCACCGUUUCCCCCGUCGCCUUUCAAAGUCCUUGCUUGAAAAGCAUCAGGAAAGCUCCCCGAGAGUAUCUGAGAUUGGAAACGAAAGGUAGAGAGUCGGUCGAAGAGGUUCAACAGGUGGCGAAGAAGAGGGAGGGAGCAGAGAAGGAGUUGAAGAAGUUCAAGUUGGCUCCUGCACCACCGGCCAUUCCGAGAAAGGCUAGUGGGAGGAAGUCUGCGGCGAGGACAGGAAAGAAUGGGGAGAAAGACUUUGCUGCUGCGAAAUCGAGUUCAGCUGUUGCGAAGGAGGUGGAUGUGCAAGGCGGAAAAUCAAGAGUUGCGGACGACGGACGUUGGAGGAGCAGCGCAUUGUCCGUACAAACGUUCGUCUCGGCUCUUUCAGUUCUCGACACGGUAGACUACAAUGACGUACCGCUCUACACUAACCGUUCCGUAGCGAACGAGAGGGAGCAGCAAGUGGAGAGCAAGACUAGGGGGGUACACGAACCAGUGCAGUUGAAAGACGAACCCAUGGAGGUGCUCAACACGAUUGCGUCUCCCGCCCAACUCGCUCCUCUGCGUCGUCCUCCGUACAAGCAGACUCGUUGCCAACCAUCGAAACCACCUCCGCCUCAGGUAGCGAAAAAGCCUUCGCUCAUUCGGAAGCUCUCCGCUUCGCUUCGUAUGUCUCCUCGACCCACCAUCAAGAAUGUUCACGUUGGUGGUGCGACGGACUACAGCAAGCUACCGCUCGAUUUCCCGCCGACCUCCAUCGUAAUUCCUCCUCCUUAUUCCGCACCACCCACUCGACGUCCAACUAUCAACGUCGUCCGUUCCAACCCCUCCCUCUCCGGCGUCUCCACGCACCCUCACCCCACCACCUCCGUGCGAAUGCGUUCCUUCAGCCACACUUCUGCUCCUUCUCCCACCCCCCGUCCGCGCAAACCUUCCUCAUCCUCCACUCCACCGUCGACGACGAAAACUCGAACCCUGGCAUCCACCUCCAGCACCGCAGCGGUGGCGUUGAAACCGUCGCUGAAACGCAACGCAAGUCUCUCGAGCACCGGCACCACGCAUACAUCCGCGAGCCACUCUUCGAGGCUGAAAAGGAGGCCGAGCCGAACAACCAUCGUCGGAUCGGCAAGCGAGUGCGUUGGGGAGAUUAGGGCGAAGAAGUCGGUGACGUUUGGAGGCGUGAUUCGGAUCGGAUCGAUGGAAAAGGACAAAGAGGAGAAGGAGAAGGAGAAGGAGGAGGAGAAGGAGGAGGAGGAUGGAGAGUUGAGGGAGAUGUUGUGCGGAGGUAGAAAGAUCGGGCCGGACCCGGAAGAGGUGGUGGAGAUUGAGCGGAGUGAGCAAGAGGUUGCAGGAGGGGCGGGUACGCAGUCAGAUUACGUAUCGUCGAUCAAAGGGUUGUUGGGGAGCUUCACAAGUGCGAUUGGCGGGUGGCGUCGGAGUCCCUCGUGA